AUGACGGUAGUGAGGUGCGACGGAGACCCUGGCUCGACGGUGGCUGGACAGUGGCGGAGCACAACGGCUCCUCUGGCUUGCAACGCGCGCUCUCUCCCUCGACGAUGGCAGCAGCGACGACGUCUCCCUAUUCUUGCGUGGUGGCUCGGCGUCUUGACGGCGGUGAUGAAUGAUGAGAUGCCCAAUGGAUGGCCACUGGGUCUUGGGUUUUUGAAUAUAAAGCUUAGAGUUACAGAGGCACCUGCAGCUGCACCGGUGGAGCCUUUCUCAUCGACGCAGAUGCCAUCCACCAGCUUCUCCUCAUUCUCAUCCUCCAACCUUGAUACUGAGUCAACAGCAUCUUUCUUCCAAGACAAGAGUGUAUCCCUUGGGCGUCUUAUAGGAAUAAGAGGAGGGGAGAGAGGACGAUUGUACUUGCCAAACACGCUGAGGUUUGAAGACAGUACUGAGAAGAAAACAUUAGGAGAUGCUUCUUGUUCUGAUUCAUCUAACUCAAAGGUACAAGAAGUGGAUGUGUCUGGAGGCAUUUGCAUACCCACAUUACUUGAUGUCCUGCUCAGAAUCAGCACCAAAACUAAGAAAACUUCAAGGAACUAG